AUGCAUUUGAUGUACGUUCUCGGCGCCGAUGGCAAGCGCACCUACACCUUGAAGAAGGUCCUCAGCGGCGAGGUCACCAAGUCUGCCCACCCCGCCCGCUUCUCCCCCGACGACAAGUGGUCGCGACAGCGCGUCACUCUCAAGAAGAGAUAUGGUCUCCUGAACUUGGAUGACGGUGCCAGCAAGAAGCCUGCUACUCUGUCGUAA